GCAGAACGAAGCGGCCCGAGCGGCUCUUCCAGCGCCAGGACGCUCUCUGGAUAAGUACAACCGGGCCCCCCGACGCUGCGGCCCCCCCCGGCAGCCCCCGCACCCCCAGCCCGGGCCCGGCGCCCAUCACCGAGGCCUCGGCCCCCCCUCCCCGCCCCGCCGCCGCCGCCGCCGCCGCCGCUCCUCCCGCCGGCCCCGUUCUCCCGCCUCCACCCCCCCCGUUGUACCCCCAAAACCCGACCCGACCCUGCUGCCCCCCCUGCCCCCCCCUCCGGUUGUACCCCCCAAACCCGACCCGGCGUCUCUUCCCCCGCCCCAACCCCCGCUUGUCCCCCCCAAACCGGACCCGUCUGCGCUCCCGCCGCCCCCCGCCGUCCCCCCGAAACCCUCCGCGGCCUCCCUGCCCCCCGCCGUACCCCCAAAACCCGACCUCACCCCGCGAGGGGGGUCCAAGGGCACCUUGGAGGCCACAGGGGAGCGGGGCCGCCCCCCCCCCGCCCUGGCGACCCCGCGGCCCCCGCUGCUGGCCCAGGCAACCUGGGGGUGCCCCGAGGUGACCCCGGAGCUGGCCAAGCCCCCCCCGCACCCCGUGUCCUCCCCGCACCCCUCGGCCGGGCCGCGCCGGCUCCGCUUGACCGGGACGAAGCCGUUCAAAGUGGCGACCCCCGGGGAGCCCCUGAAGGCCACCAAAGGGCCCCUGAAGGCGACCGCGAGCGGGGCCGGGGGCAGCCGCCUCUCGUGGCCCGAGGGCGAGGGCAAGGGGCGGCCCAAAGCCGCGGGGGGCAAAGCGGGACCUGAGGCGGGGCCGCGGCCGCCGGGACGGGGUCGCUUCUCCCCGCACAAAGGCAAAAGCAAGACCCUGGAUUACAGCGACCUCCCCCCGGGCGCGGCGGGGCUGACUCCGGUCCCGGCUCCCGCUGCGCCCCCCGGUGCCGCCGGUACCGAGACGGGGCUCAAACGGGGGCGCGAAGGCGGCCGAGCCUCCACCCGCGACCGCAAGAUGCUCAAGUUCAUCAGCGGCAUCUUCGCCAAGAGCCCCGCGCCCCCCCCCGCGCCCCCCUGGGCCCCCCCCCAGGCUCUGGUCAACAGCCAGGAAUGGACCCUGGGUCACUCCAUCCCCGAGAUCCGCUUGGGUGUCCUGGGCAGCAGCAGGAGUGGGAAGUCUGCACUCGUCCAUCGCUUCCUCACCGGCUCCUAUGUGGGCCUGGAGCCCACCGAGAGUGGGCAGUUCAAGCGCGAGGUGACGGUCGAUGGCCAGAGCCACCUCCUGCUCAUCCGGGAGGAAGGAGGAGCCCCGGACCCAGAGUUCUCCGUCUGGGCCGACGCCGUCAUCUUCGUGUUCAGCCUGGAGAGCGAAGGCAGCUUCCAGGAGGUGGUGAAGCUCCACGAGCUGCUCCUCACCCACCGGGGCGCCGCUGAGGUGGCCCUGGCGCUGGUGGGCACCCAGGACAAGAUCAGCUCCUCCAGCCCCCGCGUGGUGGAGGACGCCCGCGCCCGCGCGCUCUGCGGGGACAUGAGGAGAUGCCUCUACUACGAGACCUGCGCCACGUACGGCCUCAACGUGGACAGGGUCUUCACCGAGGUGGCGCAGAAAGUGGUGGCGCUGAGGAAGCAGCAGCAGCUCGUGGCCUCCUGCAAGUCCCUGCCCAGCUCCCCCAGCCACUCGACCGCCUCCACCCCGCUCGGGGGCUCCCACCCUGGCCAGACCAGCAACGGCCACACCAGUGAUUACUCGUCCUCGCUGCCCUCCACCCCCAACGUCACCCACCGGGACCUGCGCAGCGACACCCCCAUGGCCCCGGGCACCCCCAGCUCCCUGCACCGCGGGGCCAAGCGCCGCACCAGCCUCUUCGCCACUCGCCGUGGCAGCGACUCGGACAAGCGGAGCCUGGAGGGCCCCGGCACCGCCCGCUCCGUGCCGGUACCCAUCAAGCAGAGCUUCCUGCUCAAGCGCAGCGGGAACUCCCUCAACAAGGAGUGGAAGAAGAAAUACGUGACCCUGAGCAGCAACGGGCUCCUGCUCUACCACCCCAGCGUGAACGAUUACCUGCACAGCACCCAUGGGAAGGAGAUGGAUUUGCUCCGCACCACGGUCAAGGUCCCGGGGAAGCGCCCCCCCCGCGCGAUCUCCGCCUGUAGCCCCGCCCCCAGCGCCAACGGGCUCCUGCGAGACGAGGGGGGGGCCGUGGGGCUCAGCCUCCCCCCUGAGCCAGGGCUGAAGGUGCCGGGUAAGGGCGAGCGGUCCCUGCAGCGCUGCGCGUCCGCCUCCAGCGCCAGAGUCGGCUCCGAUGCCCCCUUCGAAGCCAUCUCCAGCCCUGGCAGUGCCGGGCGGGAGCCGCCACCAUCACCGCUCAUGGACAGGAAGAAGCACCGGAGGAAGAAGCUGAUGACGCCCUCCAAGACGGAGGGCUCUGCCGGGCAGGCGGAAGAAGAGGAGAGCUUCGAGUUCCUCAUCGUGUCCAGCACGGGGCAGACCUGGCACUUCGAGGCGAGCAGCUUCGAGGAGCGCGAUGCCUGGGUGCAGGCCAUCGAGAGCCAGAUCCUGGCCAGCCUCCAGUGCUGCGAGAGCAGCAAGAACAAGGCACGCAUGGACAGCCAGAGUGAGGCCGUGGCCAUCCAGGCCAUCCGCAACGCCCGCGGCAACUCGCUCUGCGUGGACUGCGGGGCUCCCAACCCGACCUGGGCCAGCCUGAACCUGGGUGCCCUGAUCUGCAUCGAGUGCUCGGGGAUCCACCGCAACCUGGGCACGCACCUCUCCCGCGUGCGCUCGCUGGACCUGGACGAUUGGCCCCGGGAGCUGACCUUGGUGCUGACCUCCAUCGGCAACGCCACCGCCAACAGCAUCUGGGAGAAGAGCCCGCGGGGCCGCAGCAAACCCACGCCCGAGUCCUCCCGGGAGGAGCGGGAGGCCUGGAUCCGCGCUAAGUACGAGCAGAAGCUGUUCCUGGCGCCGCUGCCCGAGGCCGAGGGGCCGCUGGCGGAGCAGCUCCUCCGCGCCGUGCAGGACAAGGACCUGGAGCUGGUGCUGCUGCUCCUGGCCCACAGCAAGAAGGAGCAGCUCAACGUCAGCAGCGGGGAUGGGGACGGGCGCCCGGCGCUGCACGUGGCCUGCGACAUGGGGCUGGUGGUCAUCACCCAGCUGCUGCUGUGGCACGGGGCGGACGCGCGGGCCCGGGACGGCCGCGGGCACACGGCGCUGUUCUACGCUCGCCGCGCCGGGAGCCGGGAGUGCGCGGACAUCCUGGUGCAGCACGGCUGCCCCGGGGAGGGGCCCGGCGACAGCGCCGACGGCACCGGCGGCACCGGCGGCAGGAGCGGCUGCGGGCCCUGCGAGCCGCACACGGCGCUGGUGUAGCCACGGC